CACACACACAAACACACAUUUACAUAUAAUAUAAUACAAUAUAGAUAUACGGUAUAACACGCAUUUCUGUUGCUAGUGUCACCAAACGCAAACAUAAAAGGCGAAUACGCACAGGUUUGUCUCUCUCUGUAUACACACGCACACACACACACACACAGGACAUCAUCAUCAACAGCAGAAAUGGCAGAGAAAGGAAUGAUACAGACAGUCCUAGGUCACAUCAGGCCAGAAGCUCUUGGAAGGACGUUGUGCCAUGAACAUCUCCACAUCGACUCUGGGCCACUUGGAAUUGCAACUGACCCCUGCUCACAUCACCACUCCAAAAUCAAUGACCCCAUUGUAAUGAAGAACCUCGGCUGGAUUCGUCAAUACCCGUACUACCACAAACCGAAUUUAUCAAUCGUUGAUGAGUCAGAGGCUGUUAUCGAGGAAAUGAAAUAUUACAAGGCAAAUGGUGGAUCAUCUAUUGUAGACAACACUGUGAUUGGAUUAAAUCCAAAUGUUGAAUUCCUGAAGAAAGUCUCUGAACAGUCAGGUGUGAAUAUCAUUGCAGGCACAGGUUUUUAUGUCGACAUAACUCACAGUGAUGAAACUCGUAAAACCCCUAGUGAGAAACUGGCGUCAAUAAUGGAACAUGAUAUAAUAUCUGGUGUUGGCACAUCUGGAAUACAUUGUGGGGUUAUUGGAGAAAUUGGCUGCUCAUGGCCCCUCACAGACAGUGAACGUAAGGUACUGAGAGCUGCAGGAAUGACACAAGAACACACAGGGUGUCCAAUAAUUAUUCACCCAGGGAGGAAUCCCAAAGCACCUGCUGAGAUUCUGAGGAUUUUGACAGAAGCAGGAGCGAAAGCUGACCAGAUUGUAAUAUCCCAUCUGGACAGAACCCUCCUCGACAAAGAAUCCAUUCUUGAGUUUGCUGAGAUGAAGUCUUAUUGUGAGUUUGAUCUGUUUGGAAUCGAAACCUCUCACUACCAACAGGAAGAGAACAUCGAUAUGCCAAGUGAUGCCCAGCGGAUAGAAAGGAUUGGAUGGCUCAUUGAUGCUGGCUUCCAGGACAAAAUCACUAUAUCACAUGACAUACAUACUAAACACCGAUUGAUGAAGUAUGGUGGUCAUGGAUUUUCCCACAUCCUCCUGAACAUAGUCCCAAUGAUGAAAACCAGGCAGAUCAGUGAAGAUGUCAUCAACAAAAUAUUGAUUGAAAAUCCCAAGAAGUGGCUUGCCUUUAAGUAGCAGAGCCUGACUCGUGCAGCCUUCUCUACCGUCUUUUCAAACUGAACCAUUUUUGAAGUUCAUAAUUUUUUAAUGUGACUUACUGCCAGGACACAAUGAAGGGAUGUGGGGUGUGUUUGUAUGUAUGUGUGUGUGUGUGUGUGUCUGUAUAGAUGCAUAUACACACAUACAUACAUUCAUACAUUUAUAUUUAUAUACACAAUCAUGCAGGAAGUUAAUAGACACCUUUAAUUUUCAAAAUCUUUUAUUCAAUACGCAAAGCAAACAAUUGAAAUGUAAUUGAUGGGUAGGACUGUAUACUUUAGUAUUUAGUUGACAUUUCCUUUGCAGUUUUUAAUUCAGAAACUCUUUUUGGCAUUGAACUGAUGAGCUUUGUGAUUGUCUCAUGUGGAAUUUCUUGCCCACUUUUCACGCAACAAUCGAAAUAAUUCAUCUUUAAAUUUAGAUUUCUGUUGAGUUUUUCGUAUAGCUCUAUCUAGUAUGCUCCAAAGAUUUUCAAUUGGGUUCAUGUCAGAGAUUGGCUCGGUCAAGGAAGCUUUUUUGAUCCCAUUUUCAGUCAGCCAUUGUUGAUUCCUUUUCACUGUGUGGCAUGGAGCCCCAUCUUCCAUGAAUAAGAACUCAUUUUUCAUUAUGUUAUCGAGUGAAUACAUCAGAAGUAGUCCUUGCUUAAGUAUUUCGAUGUAUUUUUCAGAGUUUAUGGUUCCAACACAUUCGAUCAACUCAGAACGACCAUUGCUGGUGACAACUCCCCACACCAUUACAGAGAUAUCACCAUGUUUCACAGUUGGUUGGAGUCGUUUCAAAUCAAA